CUUAUGUCUUUCAGUUCAAGUGACAGCAGCAUUGGGUCUGAUCAAAGUAACUCUUUAUUUGGUGCAGUUUAGUCUCCUCUCUCAAGGAGAAUAUUAAACACAAUUACCAAUAACUGACAUGAAGGUCGAUUUGCCGUGCAUGGAUCAUAGAAGGAGUGGUCACAGAGGGACAAUCGCUAUAAGUGGAAGUUUCCUAACUUCUGUAUUUAAGUACACCUUUGCCUAAGAACGCAUUAGUGCAACACUGUUGUUCAUUUAGAACUAACCCUGCCAGUUGGCUGUAGAAAACCACCUACUGCUCUCGGAGAUGAGGUUCACAAGAUGCAUCACGAUGAUCAAGUUGGAAAUGCUACUGAAUGUCAUCUUUGUUUCGGGUGGUGAGGAAUCCUGUCCUGCAGCCCUUAAUGCAUCUAUGCCAAACAAGAUGGAGGCAUUGAGUGACACCUGUUUGCAAAUUCCAUGUUCAUUUGAUUCAGUACCAUCAAAUAAAAUAGAUAAAAACAAAAACAUUUUGGGUGCAUGGAUCAAAUCUGACCACGCUUUUGACGGUCAUCCAGAAAAUGUGGUUUUCCACGCCAGCAAAACCAAUAAUAUAUAUCCUAUUAGUAUCAUUGGGAAUAUGACAGAAUACAACUGCACAACUGUUUUUACAAACAUGAAAUCAAGUUAUGCUGACGUAUAUUACUUCAGAGUGGAAAGCACCGGUUUCAGUGCAACUGACGUCUGCAAUCCUCUUAAAAUCACAGUUAAAGAUUCAGCCCCAGCACCCUCCAUACAGACCCUGCCGGAGGGACCACUAACGGAGGGGAGCAGGUUAACGUUCACCUGCAGGGCCAUCGCACCCUGUCCCACCCAGCCGCCUCACCUGAGCUGGAUCCAGUCAGGAGGCCCUGAGGGCCGGCUGGAGCCACACGGAGACCAAGAGCCUAACGUCAGGACCCGGCAGCUGAAUAUCACUCUGUCGGACCGACAUGACGGGGUCCGCCUCACCUGUCUGGCAGAGUAUCCCGUGAACAACUCAGCAGGCGGGCCCAGCAUCAGAACAGCAGAGAGCGUCGUGACGCUCAAGGUUUCCUAUUCCCCGAAGGAUACCCAGGCCUCCGUCAGCCCCCCCACGGUGUCGCUGGGCAGUGUGGUCAACCUGACGUGCACCAGCAGAGCCAACCCCCCCGUUCUCCGGUUCACCUGGUUCAGGAGCAGUGCGGAGGGACCCCUGAACGUGUCAGAUGGAUCUUUGUACAGCUUCAAUGUGUCCAGCUACAGAGGAAUCUACUACUGCGUGGCCACGAAUCCCUUGGGAAACCAAACAUCAAAAGAGAUUACGCUAACUGUCAGCGGUGAAAGCGAUGAAUUGAAUGACCCUCUGAUAGUUGGUGGAUUCUUUGGAACCGUCUUCUUUAUUGGUCUGAUCAUCUGUGUCCUGUGGUUACUGAAGAAACGUUCAACACAGCAACAGAAUCCAAUAUUCGAGGCGUCAGACAAGCAGGUGGAAGAGGAGAUCCACUACGGAGAGAUCGACUUUGCCAAGCGAGGUGCUGUGCAGAACCCGGUGUUCCCCCAGGGGGAGGAGCAGACCUCAGAGUAUGUUGAGAUCACUGCUCAACAGGCUAAGAACACACAGAUCAGGGCUGAACUGGAGAGGAUUAGUGCAACACUGUUGUUCUUUUACAACAAACUGCCAAAGAACAAAAAGCACCUACUGCUCGCGGAGAUGAGGUUCACAAGAUGCAUCAUGAUGAUACAGUUUGAAAUGCUACUGAACGUCAUCUUUGUUGCAGGUGGUGAGGAAUCCUGUACUGCAGCCCUUCAUGCAUCUAUGCCAAACAAGAUGGAGGCAUUGAGUGACACUUGUUUGCAAAUUCCAUGUUCAUUUGAUUUAGUACCAUCAAAUCUACUCGAUAAACUCAACAUCUUUAUUGGUUUAUGGCUAAAAUCGACUCACCAUUUUGGGCCUAAUCCAGAAAGUGUGGUUUUCAACGGCAGCAAAACCAAUAAUACCUAUCCAAUUAGUAUCAUUGGGAAUAUGAGUGAAUACAACUGCACAACCUUUUUUACAAACAUGAACUCAAGUUAUGCUGACACAUAUUACUUCAGAGUGGAAAGCACCAGUUUCAAGGCAACUGACACCUGCAAUCCUCUUACAAUCACAGUUAAAGAUUCAGCCCCAGCACCCUCCAUACAGACCCUCCCGGAGGGACCACUAACGGAGGGGAGCAGGGUAACGUUCACCUGCAGGGCCUUCGUACCCUGUCCCAAACAGCCGCCUGACCUGAGCUGGAACCAGUCAGGAGGCCCUGAGGGCCGGCCGGAACCGCACGGAGACCAAGAGCCUAACGUCAGGACCCGGGGGCUGAUUAUCACUCUGUCGGACCGACAUGACGGGGUCAACCUCACCUGUCUGGCGGGUUAUCUGGUGAACGACACAGCAGGCGGGCCCAGCAACAGAACAGCAGAGAGCGUUGUGACGCUCAACGUUUCCUAUUCCCCGAAGGAUACCCAGGCCUCCGUCAGCCCCCCCACGGUGUCGCUGGGCAGUGUGGUCAACCUGACGUGCACCAGCAGAGCCAACCCCCCCGUUCUCCGGUUCACCUGGUUCAGGAGCAGUGCGGAGGGACCCCUGAACGUGUCAGAUGGAUCUGUGUACAGCUUCAAUGUGUCCAGCUACAGAGACAUCUACUACUGCGUGGCCACGAAUCCCUUGGGAAACCAAACAUCAAAAGAGAUUACGCUACCCAUCAGCGAAUUGAAUGUCCCUCUGAUAAUUGGUGGAUUCUUUGGUACCAUCUUCUUUAUUGGUCUGAUCAUCUCUGUCCUGUGGUUACUGAAGAAACCUUCAACACAGCAACAGGUCACGUAUUCAUGUAUCAAUGCUCAAAAUCCAAUAUGUGAGGCGCCAGACAAGCAGGAGGAAGAGGAGAUCCACUAUGGAGAGAUCGACUUUGCCAAGCGAGGUGCUGUGCAGAACCCAGGCCGGGUGUUCCCCCAGGGGGAGGAGCAGACCUCAGAAUACGUUGAGAUCACUGCUCAACAGGCUAAGAACUCACAGAUCAGGGCUGAACUGGAGAGGAGCUGAAUAGUUUGGACUGGGAUCUCUUUAUCAUCCACUUAUGUCAGUGUAAACAUAUCCUGCUUAAGCAUCUAUGGCUUUCUGCAAAACGUUUCUAAAACAUGGCACCCCUUAUGGAUUUUGGUCUCCAAGGCACAGAAUAAACAAAAACAAAAGUUUGUACGACUCUCUGCAGGGCUAGUUGCUGUUUAGGAAAUCAACAGCACAACAAAUGUUAGGAAUGACCGCUUUUAUAAAAUGCUGCAAAGAAACACCAAACUGCUCUUCAUUCAAUUUUAAGGGACACCUCAAAAUAAAAUGCUGCGAUAGGAAUACAUAUGCAAUGCAUUGUAUGAAGCUGGCAUAGUAUGCAAAUGAGUCAUAAGUACAAUUUAAAUGAAAUCAUCCAAUCCAACCCUUUUCCAAAAAUGCCCCCUCUAUAAAGUGGACAAUAUUUAAACGUAAAUAAGUGGGCAGGAGAAACUCCACCCAUUGGAGAGCGAGUAUGUCCACAGGGGACGAGGAUGUGAUGUGAAAGGUGACACAGAUUAUAAAGUUCAGCCAGUUACCCAAUGGGUGGAGUUCGUCCCACCCACUCAUUUGCAUUUUAAUAUUGUCUACAUUGAAGCGUGCCAUAGUUGGAAAAUGCAAACCAAAUUGCUUUAAUUUUUAUUUGGAUAUUGUCCACAUUUAAGCAGACAUGUUUUAAAAUGCAGAGAGAUAGCAUUUUAAUUGUAUAUCUGACUCAAAUAAUGUGUGUAUGUUCUGAAAAAUAAAAAGCAUUAGUUCUAUUGCA